AGCCCUGAGUCGCUCAGAGUCUCGGCUGCUUGGCGCUUUUCCCCGUCUUGCCUCGUUUUCCCCUGUCCCCAACCCCCUCUUGCCGGGCGAGAAUAGUUCAGCCUCGCCAACAUGGCGGCCACCAUGAAGAAGGCGGCUGCAGAAGACGUCAAUGUCACUUUUGAAGAUCAGCAGAAAAUUAACAAGUUUGCAAGAAAUACUAGCAGGAUCACAGAGCUGAAAGAAGAAAUAGAAGUGAAAAAGAAACAACUUCAGAAUUUGGAAGAUGCUUGUGAUGACAUCAUGAUGCUUGAUGAUAGUGAUCCACUUCUGAUACCCUACCAAAUUGGAGAUGUCUUCAUUAGCCAUUCCCAAGAGGAGACACAAGAGAUGCUGGAGGAGGCAAAGAAAAGUUUACAAGAAGAAAUUGAAGCAUUAGAAUCCCGAGUGGAAUCAAUUCAGAGGGUGUUAUCUGACUUGAAAGUUCAGCUUUAUGCAAAGUUUGGAAAUAACAUAAAUCUUGAGGCUGAGGACAGUUAAAGGUGUUCUAAAAAUACCAUACAACUCUUCCUUGUUUUAUGAAAUGUUUUGAUAACAUUGUUCCAAUUACAUUUAAAAAAAUCCGUCACUUCCUUUUUUUGUAACUUUCCUGUCUUGGUUCCAUCUAUUAUUAUAAUGAGAGCUUUGUUAUUUUGGUUAUUGCAGUUAUUUAUUUGUUCAGGGAAGCGUUAGAUUCAUGCUGUUGGUAAAGCAUCAAAAUUGGAAUAUUUGCAUUGUUUAUUAAAGUAAUAAAGUCAGGCACAUGUUGUAGUUUUCUUGGUCUUGUUUUCUGCUCAUGAAAAUACCUAAGUAUAAAAACAAUUGAAAAGUUUUGGUUUGCACUGUAAUGGCUGAGAAGUUUUCCUGCGAUACAUAGGGCAUGAGUCAGCUGUAGUGCUAUUUAGCUGGUUGUAGCAGCCCUCUUGGAACCACUCAAUCUAUCCUUUGUCUUUCAGUCUUAGCUCAGAUAGCAUAAACACCAUUAGCUCAGUGCACAACGUGUCAGCAAGUUGACAGAGGAGAAAGGCUCUUAAAAAAUCAUUGAAGAAAAUCUUUUUGGGUCACAGUCAUACUUAGUUAUUUACUACUUUGUAUUUAGGAAUCACAAAAGUCAGAAUGGUGGGUCUUAACUACUUCUAAUUUUCCUGAACAGUCAUUAGUUCUAAGUCCACAUUUGUAUACUGAAUUAAGAUCGGAAUUGUUCACAGAUGAUGUUGCUAUGUCAGCAUCAAUCCCUGGAACUACACUUCCAUCACUCUGUGGAGUCGAAUGUAAUUUUUAAAUGCCUUAAUUUGCUGAUUCCUUACACCCUUAAAGUUAUGCUCUGUCUGACUGUAAUUCUUCUUUUAGGCUCUUGCCUGCUUUGAUUAAUAUGUUGUUCCAUGGAAAUACCUGCUUAUUAUGACUUUGUUUUUAAAAAUUAAAUCUUAAGCAUACUUAAAUCAUCAUUUUAAGCUAUUUUCCAAGAGAAUUCAUUUGGCCAAAUAUUAAUCUACAGUGCUUGUUCUUGAUAUAAAUAAGAGAGUAUGAGAUGAGUAUAUUUUUUUAAAGUGAUUAGUACCUACCUAUGUUGUCACUUGUGUAGCAUCUCUUCUUCAAACAGUGUGAACGUGGAGGAAGCCCCUCUUGUUUUCUCUAUUAUUCAAGCAGUUUUAAUAGGGUAGUGAUAUUGAAUUUGAUCAUCAGCACACCUGAGCAGGAUCUCACUAGUGCAUUGUUAUUUAUGAAUUACAGCAUUGUUGUUUAUGUAAGUUUAUUAAUGUUGUCUGUCAGGUUUAGUAUAGCCAUAAGAGACUGUCCUUGACAAUGGAGGUCUGAUACUUCAACGCAAGCACUUGUAUCACAUACAGUGUACAUCAGGUGGUGGCUGUACGUCUCAAAAGCUCUGCUAGUAUUCUGUCUAGCCCUGAUGUUUCACAAGUUUCUUUUUGAUAGAAUUUCAGUGGUUUGUAUGAUUAUGCUGCUGGAUAUGUGUACAAAUACCCUGGUUAUAACUACAUAUUUUUAACCUUGUUUUCUAGUUCAACCAGUUGGUUUUGGUUUUAAUUAAAGCUUGUGCCUUAGGUUCCAGUUUUUCCUUACUGCCUGAGUGAAUACUUCAGCUGCUCUCAGAUAAAAUGUGAAUAUGGUAGCCAUGGCAACUCUGCUGCUCUAUGUGCCAGUCAGUCCUUGUAGCAAAUAAGUGUAUUGGGCCUUCGAGGAGAUAUAGGUGUUCCUUUACAUAAUUUCUGAACCCUCUGUCCUGCUUUCUGUGUUAGGUAGGCGUUUGGCACCAAACAACUUAGCAGUUCUAGGAUGACCCACAGUUGUUAUCUUAGACACUAAUGGGAGUGGGUGGCCAGUUAUUUGAUAGCAGCUGAUGGGAGCAUUGUGGACCUAGGUGAGUCUGCUCUGCCUUAUCGUGCUUUAUUAAAUAUAGCCCUUAGUCCAAAACUCUCUCAAAGUACAGUUUGAGUGCUCAAUAAUGCAAGAUUAUGGUCUUAGCGGGUGGUGGCAUCUUGAGUUUUUUUCUAAACAGGCAAGCCAUCCAUCUGGUAUUUUAAAGUAAACAAUCCUAUACCAGUCUUUGUACUUAUAAACUAAAGAAAAUGUAAAAAACUUUUUCCACGUGAAAAAAAUGAGCUAGUAAUGGAGUUUGAGCCAUUAUAAAAAACAUCCAGCAGAUGGCAUCAAAGAACUGGGGAACCCAUUUUACUGUAACCCCACGCCCAGGCUGUGAGUGGCAGUUCUGAUUUUAGUCAAGUGAAACUUUGGCUGCAAUGAUCACAUUCUCAUUAAGUGGUUGGUAACACUUAACAAUUCACUCCAAAGUGACUGCUGGUUCAGCUCUGCUGUUUAUAUCAUUCAGAACUAUGCAGGCUGCAGGUAUUUAAAAGUAUUAUGACUUCCACAUAUGCAUAGUAUGGAUAUGGCUUCAUUAUGGAAAAGAAAAAGGCAGCUAGUAAGGUUUAACUAUGAUUCCAGUGGCUGUGAUAAAGUCCAUGAGAAUCUUAGUUCGGUAAAGGACCCAAAGAAAGAAUGCUGGCAAGGUGGAGAGAGCUGGCAUUAUCCCUGCUGUUCUUUGGUAUCCUAGAAGUGGAAUUACGUAAAUCCGUAUAUAUGUCUAGACCUGGUGUUAGUGUGUUCUUGUGAAUGCCAAAGACCUUUCCUUUCUAGUGCUGCAAUUCAGUCCUUUGGGGUUUGUUUUGUGACUCCACCACCUUAUUUUCUCUUUUUUCUAGUUAUCACGGUGUUGGCAUAUUUUAGGCCAUUUCCUGCACUAGUAGCGUCUAGGCUUUUCUGUGUAUCAUGCAUCUUUCCUGUUUGCUCAGCCCUUCCUACAAAUUGCAUGUCCAUGCAGCCCUGAAAAAAUCAAGGUACCUUUUUGCACUUGGAAUGUCCAGCUUCCUUGUAAGGUUUGGAUGAUCGUGUUUGUGAGUCAGGCAAGUAAUUAUCCAACAGACUUUUUCAGAGCAGUCUCUGGAUUUCUGCAAUUUACAGAACAUGGUGUCUUAGGUUGUUGUUAAAUAAUUUUAUAUGCGUGAAAUAGAACAUGCAGGAAACUUUUUUUUUCUUAAGUUGUCAUUAUAGAAGUUAAUUCGCAGAUUGUCCAUCAAUUGCUUGAAAGUAUUUGACAGAGCCUUAGUUUUGGAUUUUAAUAUCCUUUCUUCUCCCUUAUUAAUAUAUGCAGUUGUUUUUCACUUGGUGUUUAUUCUCCUUAGUGCUCCAUCUUUCGAGUACUUUUUAUUGUUGGUACAUUGGAAAUUUCUAUUAUCUCUAAUAAUGUUUGCCUUACAGUUAUCUUUUUCAGAUGAUGCAAGUCUAUGAAAAAACUUGAUCCUCUGUGCACCCCUGUAUAUGUCAUGAAUCAUUCAGCUGCACUUGACAAUAAACAUUUUUUAAUAUUGUUAUCAGGAUCUAAAUAGUUUACUGUCAUUCUCUGGUUUGUCAAGGGAGUCAAAUUUGUAGAACGCUUCAAAGAUUAAAAGUGCUGUAAAACUGCAAAGUGUUAUUUUAAUCUAAGGGCUUUGUUUUGAGCAUUGGGCCAAAAAUCUCUUACGAUUUCUUAGUGAUUGAAUUAGCUAUUCAACUCCAUAUUUGUGGGAAAAUACAGUUUCCAUACUGUUUUUGUUUUGCAACUCAUAGAGCCACCAGUGGCUGGCUUUUCACUUGGUUGGGGCAGUUAAAGCAGGCCAACUAGCAAAACUGCAGCCAGUGACGUGUAGCUCAUUUCAGUGAAUAACGUAAAGGAGACUUACCAGUUUUUCAACAUAGCCUCAUAAAAACUCUGUAAGACAUAGUAGAACACAAAUAUUAUUAUAUUUUCUGGGUCUUGUUUGUGAUUCUGUAUCUUGUCAAAUGGU